CUGUCGCUCUGUCACACACACACACACUUAUCCUGACACUCACACACACUCGGAGACACACACAGUCUGUGUAAGAGGCUCGUCACAGGCACACACACACACAUCACUCUUCUUUUCAUACUUCAUUAUCAUCAUCAUCGGUCGUCAAUCAUCCAUCCAUCAUGCACAGCAAAGAACAGAUCAGUCAUGAUGAAUACCAGAAGACAGCUGAUUGGUUGAUGUCCCAGACGAAGCACCGCCCCCAGGUGGCGAUCAUUUGUGGGUCCGGACUGGGCAUGCUCGCUGAUACGCUCAAGUGUCAGGACACCUUCGAUUAUUCUGACAUCCCGGGAUUCCCACAGAGCACAGUUCAGGGUCACGCAGGCCGGCUCGUUUUCGGGGAGCUGAAGGGGAAGACGUGUGUAUGCAUGCAGGGUCGCUUCCACAUGUAUGAAGGACACUCCCUCCUCAAGACAACGUUUCCAGUUCGAGUCUUCAAGCUGAUGGGGGUGGAGACUCUGAUUGUGACAAAUGCUGCCGGCUCAUUGGCUGACGGCCUCAAGCCCGGUGACAUCAUGAUCAUCAAGGACCACAUCAACUUCCCGGGAUUGGUCGGUCUGAACCCUCUGAGUGGACCCAACGACGACAAGUUCGGGCCUCGUUUCCCGGCCAUGUCAGGUUGUUAUGAUAAAGGCCUGCGAUGCCAAGCGAUGGAGAUUGCUAAAGAUCUGGGCGUGUCUGGCCUCAUGCAGGAGGGCGUGUACGCCAUGGUGGGCGGGCCCAACUUUGAAUCCAUUGCUGAGGCCCGGCUUUUACAUCGACUGGGAGUGGACGCUGUCGGUAUGAGCACGGCUCCUGAAGUCGUUGUGGCGACCCACUGCGGUCUCAGAGUCUUCGGCCUCUCUCUGAUCACCAACAAGGUGGUGAAGAGUUACGAGGACACAGACAGUGUGAACCACGAGGGCGUCCUGGAGGUCGGUCGGCUGCGCUCUCAGACUGUGCAGCAGCUGGUGACCGAGCUGAUCAGCAAGAUGGAGAUCAACAACAACAACAACAUACCUAAUGCUGUUUAGACACACACAGACACACUCUGUAAAUAACUGAUUGUUGUAUUUACAACAUUUUUUAAAGCUUUUUAGAACAUUAAUCAUCUUUUGUUGUUCUGUAUUAAAACUUUAUUUAUAUAUUAUAUAAAUUGUUUAAUUAAUAAUUUCCAUCAGGGUAAAUCUGAGAGUAUUUGUUGUGAUAUUUGUCGUCAGUCCUACAGAUUAAUAUAAUGUGACCACUGUAUUUGAUGGUGCUUUAAUAUUCAAAGAUGAGAUUAUUCUCUUGUAUAUUGUUGCUAUUUAAUAAUUAUUGGAUUUAUUUUACAAAAAAAUCCACCUCCAUGUGUUUAUCCUAUUAAAUAUUCUGACUCUC